AUGCUGUGGAAUUUGAAGUAUGUCGCUGCGGGCUUGGCUGCUGCGACUCUGGUCUCAGCCCAGACAUACAGCGACUGCAAUCCGAUGAAAAAAACGUGUCCGGCCAACGUUGGCAUGACCGAGUCAAAGCACACGUUCGACUUCACCAAGAGCUCAGGCCUAGAUCAGUGGAAGACUACCGCUGGCAACGUCAAAACAGGCCCAAAUGGCGCUGAGUUUACUGUCAACAAGCAAGGCGAUGCUCCCACCAUUCAGACCGACUUCUACAUCUUCUUCGGUGAAGUGUCUGUCACCAUGAAAGCGGCCCCUGGCACUGGUAUCGUCAGCAGUAUCGUGCUCGAGUCAGAUGAUCUCGAUGAGAUUGACUGGGAAGCCGUGGGUGGCGACACGACUCAAAUCGAGACGAACUACUUCGGAAAAGGAGACACCACGACCUACGACCGCGCCAUCUGGGAGCCUGUUUCGACACCCCAGGAAACAUUCCACACCUACAAAGUAGUCUGGACCAAAGAAGCCACUACCUGGUCCGUUGAUGGCAAGGUGAUCCGCACACUCGCCUUCAAUGACGCACAAUCCGGUACCAGAUACCCCCAGACCCCCAUGAACGUGCGCAUCGGCAUUUGGGCCGGCGGCGACCCAACCAACGCCGAGGGCACAAUCCAGUGGGCUGGUGGCUUGACUGAUUACACCAAAGCCCCUUACACCAUGUUUAUCAAGGACGUCACUGUUGUCAACUACAACCCGGCCCAGUCUUACACUUGGUCUGACCAGACCGGCUCGUAUGAGAGUAUCAAGUUCACGGGUGCUACUAACUCGACUUCCGUGACUGGGUCGAAGACUUCGCCUGUUGGAAGCCUGAUUACAGCUUCUAACACAGCUAGACCGUCCAGCUCCGGCUCCGCUUCUCGUCCCAGCGCACCCUCCUCUUCUCCGGUUUUCAAUGCAGCUUCGAACUUGGGUGACCGUAGCUUGGGCUUCCUGUCCAUUCUUUUGGCUAUUUCUGGACUUCUUUUCUUGUAG